AUGAAUGCUUCAGGUGACGGCAACAACAACUACCCGAUGCAUCCCGAAAACGAGCAACGGAGGAAGAGCAAGGGGAGACAGAAGAUCGAGAUGGCGAAGAUCGAGAACGACACCAAUCUCCAAGUCACCUUCUCGAAGCGCCGCACAGGCGUCUUCAAGAAGGCGAGCGAGCUGGGCAUACAGUGCGGCGCCGAGUACGCCAUCGUGGUCUACUCCCCGGGCGAGAAGCCCCACUCCUUCGGCAACCCCAGCGUCGAAGCUGUCACCACCAGGUUCCUCCAAGCUAACGGCGGUGGUGGUGGAGCGCCGCCAGCUAGAGGCACUAUAGCCGACAGGAGGGUCAUGGCCCACCAGGAGGCCGCGGAAAACCAGCGCAACCAGGAGGUGGUCACUGCGGAGGCGCGGGUGGAGUAG